UCUUUGAAUGUGGCGGAGGAUAUCCCACAGCGAUCAGUGUUGACCUCGCUGGUUGUACUAAUGACCCGUGCGUUUUGAAACAAGGCUCAAGCGUUACGCUUAAGAUGGACUUCUUAGCAAAUCAACACAGCUACGCCCCCCUAUUUACAUUGCAAGCGUAUACGGGCAGUGCAUGGGUGGACAUAUCGGCCAAACAAAGUGGUUUCGACCGGAAUGUCUGCCACCACACAGUCUGUCCCAUGAAUGCGGGCGAUAAGCGAACCUUUACACAGACCCUGGUCAUCGACUCCCUCUAUACGCCGGGCACUAUCUGGUUGGCGCCUGUGCUAUCGGAUAGAGCAGGUACUAAGGCCCGCUCAUCAAGUAAGACCUGUAUGAGGGAUGGGGUACGCGAUUGGGAGUCAGAUAUACGUCGGAAAGGGAGAAAACCGACGGAUUAUAGCAAAGAGAAUAAAGAG